UCGAGUGGUUGACUGGUAGGUGAACUUUGGUUUAAGACCCGAGUUCGAGCGGUGAAGAUAAAACAAUUAAAAGUGACGGCUUAAGUCCGUCGCUGUCGUCCUGACAAUUCGUGACGAUAGCAAGUGCCGUCUGAGCUCAUUAUCUACUCAUUUUUUUUUUGUCUUUCUUUUUUUUAUUCUGCUUGAUGAUACCAUAAUUACACUCUUGAUUCUGCUAUCUUUCAUAGGAGAUGCUUAUGCGGAAUCCAGUUAACCCUAAAGCAUCGAUUUUUAAGGCACUCUUCAAUGACUACUCUCAUUUCAUCUCCAUCCUCGGCCACUGCAAAACAACGGACCAGUUCAAGCAACUACACUCCCAAAUCACCAUCCGAGGUUUUGAACCAAACCCAGCAAUCAAAAACAAGCUUCUACUCUCCUGGUGUAGUCGCCUAGGUGGAGACAUUGGUUACGCCUAUAAGUUGUUCGUUAAAAUGCCUGAACCAGACGCGGUUGUGUGGAACAUUAUGAUCAAAGGUUUCUCUCGAGUGGGUUGUGUCAAGGAAGGAGUUAGAUUGUAUUUGAGUAUGCUGGAGAAAGGUGUGAGCCCUGAUGGUUACACGUUUCCCUUUUUGCUCAACGGUCUUAAGAAGGAUGAUGAUGAUGAAGCGUUGGCUUGUUGUGGUAAGAAGCUGCAUUGCCAUGUUCUGAAAUUCGGAUUAGGUUGUAACGUUUAUGUGCAGAAUGGUCUUGUGCGAAUGUACUCUUUGUGUGGACUGAUGGGUAUGGCUCGUGGGGUUUUCGACAGGGGGAGGAAAGAUGAUGUCUUUUCUUGGAACUUGAUGAUCUCUGGGUGUAAUAGGAUGAAACAGUAUGAAGAAAGUUUGAAACUUUUCGCGGAGAUGGAGAGUAGAAUGGUUGUUCCCACUUCUGUUACCUUACUUCUUGUUCUCUCUGCUUGCUCUAAGGUUAGGGAUAAGGAUCUUUGUAAAAGGGUUCAUGGAUAUGUUAGUGGGGGUUCGAGAGAGGCAAGUUUGAAGGUCGUGAAUGCUCUGGUCAAUGCAUAUGCUGCUUGUGGGGAGAUGGAUGCAGCGGUGAGGAUUUUCAAUAAUAUGAAGACUAGGGAUGUGAUUUCUUGGACAUGUAUUGUUAAAGGGUUUGUCGACAUAGGGAAUCUAGAGUUAGCAAGGACGUAUUUUGAUGAUAUGCCAGUGAGAGAUAGAAUCUCUUGGACUAUUAUGAUCGAUGGUUACCUACGAGGUGAUUGCUUUAAUGAAUCUCUGGAACUUUUCCGUGAGAUGCAAAAUGCAGGGAUGGUACCAGAUGAAUUCACCAUGGUUAGUGUUCUCACAGCUUGUGCUCAUCUAGGUGCCUUGGAGAUAGGUGAAUGGGUUAAGACGUACAUAGACAGAAACAAGAUCAAGAACGAUGUUGUUGUAGGGAAUGCUUUGAUCGAUAUGUACUUCAAAUGUGGGUCUUCUGAGAAAGCGCAGAAGGUUUUUCGUGAGAUGCGGCGGAGAGACAAGUUCACAUGGACAGCCAUGGUUGUUGGUCUUGCGAACAAUGGACAAGGUGAAGAUGCCAUUAAAGUUUUCUUUCAAAUGCAAGACGUGUCGAUACAACCAGAUGAGAUUACUUACCUAGGCGUACUCUCUGCUUGUAACCAUAGUGGUAUGAUCGAGCAAGGGAAGAUCUUUUUCUCCAUGAUGAGAAGUGACCAUAGAAUAGAGCCGAGUUUAGCACAUUAUGGAUGUAUGGUUGACCUGCUUGGUCGAGCUGGUCUGGUGAAGGAAGCGUAUGAGAUGAUAAGGAACAUGCCGAUGAGUCCAAACUCGAUUGUGUGGGGAGCUCUACUCGGUGCUUCUAGACUUCAUAAUGAUGAAUCUGUGGCUGAGUUGGCAGCUAAGAAGAUUCUAGAGCUGGAACCUGAUAAUGGGGCUGUUUAUGCUUUGUUAUGCAAUAUAUAUGCAGCUUGCGAAAGAUGGGAGGAUCUGCGAGAAGUGAGAAGAAAGAUGGUGGACAUAGCAACCAAGACGAUACCAGGGUGCAGUUUAAUUGAAGUAAACGGUGUAGCUCAGGAGUUUGUUUGUGGAGACAAGUCACAUCUUCAAUCAGAAGAGAUUCACAUGAAACUAGAAGAGUUAGCACAAGAGUCGACGUUUGCAGAGGACUAUCCUUCUGAAUUGUUGUUCGAGGCUGGGUAAGAUAGUUUAGCUAUGACUUGUGAGUUUGCUGCUUCUGAAGCGAGGGAUACACAGUUCAAGAUUAUAGAGAACCAUGAGAUGAUGAACAGAUCCAUAGAUUGUCACUGUCAUGAUGUCCUAUAGGGUCUCACGCAUUUGACUACAACAUCCACAAUUCUCUUGUAUGUGUGUUCCUUCCUGUACAUCCUCUCAACCUUUUCACGUCCUAAGCAGCGUAGCUUCGAGCUAUCUAUGCUGUCUGACGUAGCCGAUGAUGGUUCGCUUGUGGUAGAAUUCACUGAUGAUACAGAUGAGCCAGUGACUGUGGCUCCCUUUGAGAACUUUUCUUUCCUAUUGACUCUGAACAAGAUUGCACAGUGAUUGUUUUAAGGUUAGAGGGAUUUAUAGGUCUCUGAGCUCCAACAAAAAAAAAAACAAAUUCAAAAGCUGUAACAAAGUCAAGAAACCGAGAUCAUGUAUCAUAUGCGAGAGACUUCCACUUUACAGACGUGGGAUGUUUCAUGGAGCAUCCCCUCUAUACUUGCAUAAGAAGCCGUGGUCAAAACAGCCUCAUAAAACCAUCUGCAAGAACACACAGAAAAAGAUAACACAGCAGGAGCUUCUAAUGAGUGAAGGGAUUAGCUUUCUUCAUCAUUCUUAAGACCAGGGGAAAAUGAAAGACACUUUAUGUGAUAAUAACUUGUACAUGAUAUGGAAAUCAUCUAAAGAACAAACAAA